AUGCUGAAAGUCACCAUGCCCUCCUCCUCCCCCUCCUCCUCCUCCUCCUCCUCCUCCACCUCCUCCGGCUCCUCGGCCGCCGGCCGCCCCGCGUCCGCGGCGCCCGACUACUGGAUCGACGGCUCCAACAAGGACACCCUGGCCCACUACUUCGAGCUGGAGUCCGAGCUGGGACGUGGGGCUACAUCCAUUGUCUACAGAUGCAGGCAGAAAGGGACCCAGAAACCUUACGCCGUCAAAAUGUUGAAGAAGACAGUAGACAAGAAAAUUGUCCGCACAGAAAUCGGAGUUCUUCUUCGCCUUUCGCAUCCAAACAUUAUAAAACUGAAGGAAAUAUUUGAGACCCCUACAGAAAUCAGUCUUGUUCUGGAAUUGGUCACAGGUGGAGAACUAUUUGACAGGAUUGUGGAAAAGGGUUACUACAGUGAACGAGAUGCAGCUGAUGCUGUUAAACAAAUCCUGGAGGCAGUUGCUUACCUGCAUGCAAAUGGGAUUGUGCAUCGUGACUUGAAGCCAGAAAAUCUACUCUAUGCAACACCAGCACCGGAUGCACCACUAAAAAUUGCUGACUUUGGACUUUCCAAGAUUGUGGAAGAUCAGGUGACCAUGAAGACAGUUUGUGGAACUCCAGGGUACUGUGCACCAGAGAUACUACGGGGAUGUGCCUACGGCCCUGAGGUGGACAUGUGGUCUCUGGGGAUUAUCACCUACAUCCUACUUUGUGGCUUUGAACCAUUUUAUGAUGAAAGGGGAGAUCAGUACAUGUUUAAGAGAAUCCUGAACUGUGAAUAUGACUUUGUGUCCCCCUGGUGGGAUGACGUGUCUCUGAAUGCCAAGGAUUUAGUUAAAAAGUUGAUUGUUUUAGACCCCAAGAAACGCCUCAGCACUCUACAGGCUUUGCAGCACCCAUGGGUCACAGGGAAAGCAGCAAACUUUGCACAUAUGGACAAUGCACAAAAGAAACUACAAGAAUUCAAUGCCCGCCGUAAACUUAAGGCUGCCGUGAAAGCUGUAGUGGCAUCAACUCGCCUCGGCAGCGCCAGCGGUCACAGUGCGCACGACAGCAACAAGCCCAGCCGUAACCCAUCUCCCGUCCAUGACGGCAAACCCGAAGAGAAACCCACUCAGGAAGCAGAAGCAGCCCCAGAAGAAAUGUCUUAG